CUACGCUGGGCGCUGUGUUUGGUGUAACUUCCUGCCUCAGUGCCCAAAUCCGAGAGAAACCGGAUGAUCCCUUGGACUACUUCAUAGGAGGCUGCGCAACGGGAGCUGUCUUGGGUGCCAGAGCUCACAGUUACAUGACCGGAACCACUGCAUGUUUGGGGUUUGGAAUCACCGCUGCUCUCAUCAAGAUCGGUAACAAGGAGGGCUGGAGGAUGACGGGACCCCCCAAGCUGUAA